AAGCGGCGGCAGGAAGCGGAGCUAGGGCGCACGCGGAGCCCGCCGGAGGAGGCUUGGCCUGGCUUGGCUUGGCUUGGCGGCGGCUCCGUUGGAGGAGGAGGAGAACCUGCUGGAGUCAUGUGGCCCAUUUUCUGGGCGGGCAUACGAACCUAUGCUCCUUACAUCACCUUCCCCGUAGCCUUUGUGGUCGGGGUAGUGGGCUACAACCUUGAGUGGUUCAUCCGGGGCAAGCCCCCUCCACAGACCCCCGAGGACGAGAAGAGCAUUUCGGAACGACGCGAGGACCGUAAGCUCCAAGAGAGCGUUGGGAAAGACCUUACCCAAGUGGUCAGUCUGAAGGACAAGCUGGAAUUUGCUCCCAAAGCUGUCCUGAACCGGAACCGGCCUGAGAAGAAUUAAGGAACCUGGUUUGUUUCCUUGUUUGGCCAGUUAGCAUUUUCUUUUAUUUGAGGGUCUGAAUUCUUUGAUUUUGAAUGUAGGUUUCCUACCACUGUUGAGCCCAUCAGCCCAUGCAAUGUAUGUUUGCCAAUCCUCACCAGGUUAGGCAGAUUCCUGCAGCUGCUGGGAUCCCACGGAGAUGAGGAUGGACUUCACGAAUCUUGAUAUUUGGUGUUGGCUUCAGAAUCUCCGAUCUUCCAUCCAAGGUGGUUUAUCCUCUAAUGGAACAGCCUCCAUAGUCAUGGCAGAAGCUCAGUGAAUGGACACCCAAAAGAUUAGUUCACAUCCAAGGCAGGAUUUGAUUUUUUUUUUUAAAGGGAUUGUUGCAAAGUAGGUAGAUCUCUUUUAAGGGAAGAUCUCUUCUUCAAAUAGCUUGGAGACUUUUUGACUCUGGACAGGCGAAUGAAAAACGGUUCCUGUUUCUGCUGGAAACCUCAGUUCAAGUGGGAAGUUCUCAGCUGCCGCCAAAGGCCACUGUGGACCAUAUUUGCACUAUUCCCUCUCAGGAAAUUGUGUAUUUCUUUCCCUGGAAAUUUCUGUUGGGGAGUUUGUGCUGGAUUAUUAUUAUUUUUUUUAAGAAUACCAACCCACUGCUGAAAUUAAAGAUUUAAAUCAGUUUCCAUGGUUGGGGAGCCCUGCAUUUUAUACCAAAUAUGGUGACUUGGAGAGGAGAAAUCUAUCUGCAGGUUGCAUUAGCUGUGCCUUUGCAUGCAAACUAAUUAAGAGUUUCACCUGUGUACUAGGGCUGUUCCUCAAUAAACAUGAAUGAAGGAGAAAUUUUA